AUGAGGCAUUACAAGAAGCCUCGAGGAGUUCACAAGACCAAGAGGAAGCUUGUGAGCUCAAAGGGUUCUUUCGAUGAUGACAAAACUCUCUUUCAUCGACCAGGAUUCGGUGGUGGGCUAGGCGGUGGAAGUGGAGGGUUAGGCGGCGGUUCUGGUUUUGGUGGUGGGGCUGGUUAUGGUGGGGGUGCCGGUGGCGGUGGUGGACUUGGGGGAGGCGGGGGUGGAGGGUUUGGUGGUGGUGGUGGAGGAGGAUUAGGUGGAGGGUCUGGUUUUGGAGCUGGUGGUGGAUAUGGAGGUGGAGCAGGGGCUGGUGGUGGGCUUGGAGGAGGAGGUGGUGGAGGCUUUGGUGGCGGCGGCGGAGGUGGUCUUGGUGGUGGAGCUGGCGGUGGUGCCGGUGGUGGAUAUGGUGGAGGAGCGGGUGGUGGGAUUGGAGGAGGUGGAUUUCCUUGA